AUGAAUCUACUGAUUGUAAGUUCGUGCCUUUUGGUUGCACUGAGUGGGGUCUCGGCGGGCGGAUUAGUGAAUGAAGAGGUGAAGAGGACGGUGGACUUGAGCACUCAUUUGGCUAAGAUCACGACGGAGAUCGUUUUGUCCAACCAGGGACACUCUGCAGUCCAGAGCUUCAUGCUGUCCGUGGAACCAGACCUGGCACCGCACCUGGCAUACAUAGGAGCCUCGGUAAAAGGAGAUGAGGAGGAUGAUGGCUCACUGGAAAUUCAGCAAAGUGACAUACAUGGCCACAGUGGGGAUUUCUACAAGGUCCACCUCUCAUCCAGCCUGGCUUCUGGAGCUCAGCUGAAAGUUAAAGUAGAGAUGACCUUCAGCCACGUUCUGAAGCCGUUCCCGACUCACAUCACACAGGCUGAACGUCAGUUGGUGGUUUUUCAGGGAAACCAUUAUCUGUACUCUCCUUAUCCGACACGCUCUCAGACUACUCGCGUCCGUCUUGCUUCCAAAACUGUGGAGAGCUACACAAAGCUGGGGAAUCCCAGCAAAAAUGAUGAGAUAAUAGAAUAUGGGCCAUUUCGCGAUGUUCCUCCCUACAGUGAGGACACAAUGAAGCUCCAUUAUGAGAACAACACACCCUUCCUCACCAUCAGCAGCCUGACACGCACCAUUGAAGUAUCUCAUUGGGGUAACAUUGCAGUGGAGGAGACCAUUGACUUGAGGCACACUGGAGCUGUUCUCAAAGGAGCGUUUUCUCGUUAUGACUAUCAGCGGCAAUCAGACAGUGGGAUCUCCUCUGUUAAAUCUUUCAAGACAAUCCUCCCAGCUUCAGCUCAAGAUGUGUACUACAGAGAUGAGAUUGGAAACAUCUCUACCUCCCAUCUCCAGGUGUUGGAUGACUCUGUCGAAGUGGAAGUUAGACCCCGCUUCCCUCUGUUUGGAGGAUGGAAAACCCACUAUGUCAUUGGUUACAAUCUUCCAAGUUAUGAAUACCUCUACACACUUGGUGAUCAGUAUGCACUUAAAAUGAGAUUGGUGGACCAUGUGUAUGAUGAUCAGGUCAUUGAUUCUAUGACCGUGAAAAUAAUUUUGCCAGAGGGUGCCAGAAAUAUACAUAUGGAUAUACCUUACAAGAUUGAUCGUCUCCCAAAUCAGCUUCACUACACUUACUUGGACACGUUUGGACGCCCAGUUUUGGUCGUCACCAAGGAUAACCUGGUGGAACAUCACAUUCAGGAUGUAGUGAUUCAUUAUAACUUCAAUAAGAUCCUGAUGCUGCAGGAACCACUGCUUGUAGUUGGGGCUUUUUACAUUCUUUUUUUCACGGUCAUCAUUUACGUGCGCCUCGACUUUGCCAUCACCAAGGAUCCUGCAGCAGAGGUGCGAAUGAAGGUAGCGUCCAUAACUGAGCAGGUGCUGACCCUGGUCAACAAACGCCUCGGCCUAUACCGGCACAUGGAUGAGGUGGUGAACCGCUACAAACAGUCUCGAGACACUGGUGCGCUCAACAGCGGGCGGAAAACCCUGGAAGCAGACCACCGCACCCUAACCAAUGACGUCAGCUCUCUGCAGGCUCGGCUCAAAGCAGAGGGCUCAGACUUGGCCGAGAAGGUCGGAGAGGUGCAGAAACUGGAUGGUCAGGUGAAGGAGCUGGUGUGUCGCUCAUGCCAGGAGGCUGAGAGACUGGUUGCUGGUAAAGUUAAGAAGGAAGCCUACAUUGAGAGUGAGAAAAACCUGAGCAGUAAGAGGCAGGAGCUAGUAGGUCGCAUUGACAGUCUGCUGGAUGCACUUUAA